GCCCAGGCAGCCGGAGACCGGAAGCCGAUUACGAAACUUGUCCUGUUCUUUGCUUCGGACGGGCGCGAUAAUAAGCUUCUCAUCAGAGGUCUUUGACCGGGUACGUCAGAGAAAAAACCCUUGGUGGUUAUAUAAAGCGGAGCCCCGGUUUCCAGUCAACCAACUGUGUCAAUUCAACCACUUUCGUUUGGACGAGGAGACGAAAUUCCAGGGAGGAAAAGAAGAGAGCCUGACACGCAAGAUGAGCUUAGCCAGAAAAACGAUCGUGCUCCUUUUGGGAGCGUACAUGACUGCAGCAUUGCCGCUCCCUGAAGAACCGGACACCUUUGACAAUGCUACAUUGGAUCUACGCCCCAAUGGAAUGCCUGCAUUUGAGAUCAUCGCUGUGGAGCCAACAUUCGAGCAGAUGGAAAUGUUUGGGACAAAAAAUGAAGAGGACAGCAUGGACCUGAUCGUGAAACAGUAUUUUCAGAUGACACCAGAUUUACGAAACAUUACGUUUGAAGGCGACGUUGUCCUUGGUUUUGACGUCGACGAAUACAACAUGACGCGCCCACUCGAGACCGCAGUACGCAACCGUAACAGGCGCUGGCCAAACGGCGUGGUGCCUUAUUUCAUCGACAAUGCCUUUGAUGCUGGAGCGAGGGGCCGCAUCUUAAACGCCAUUCGGAGGUACCACGAGACCACUUGUCUACGAUGGGUUCAAAGAACCAAUCAGAGAGAUUAUGUGCAUAUUGUGCCAAGGCAGGGGUGUUUCUCGGCAGUCGGUCGUCGGGGCGGGCGACAGGAACUCUCCGUGGGUGGAACCUGCAACUUUGCCCGUGGGGUCAUCAUGCACGAGAUGAUGCACGCCGCGGGCUUCCAACACGAGCAGACGCGGACGGAUAGGGACCAGUUUGUCACCGUCUUCUUACAGAACGUCAUACCGGGCCUUGAGUACAACUUCCAGCGCUACAGCGCCGACUUCAUCGACAACCUCCAGACCCAGUAUGACUAUUUCUCUAUCAUGCACUACCCACGGAAUGCCUUCACCAGAAACGGCCGGGACACCAUCGUACCACGCCAGAACGUCGCCAUUGGUAACAGAAAUGACUUCAGCACCACGGACAUAUUCAAACUCAAUACCUACUACGAAUGUGGUGAUAGAAGAACCGGGACCGGGACGACACCCGAAAAUAAUUGCGUCGACAACAAUGUCAACUGCCAGUUCUGGGCCAGUAUCGGCGAGUGUCAGGAAAAUCCAGCCUACAUGACCGUGAACUGCCGCCGUAGUUGCGGCAUCUGCAGUGCCGGUAGAGCCAUCACCACUCAAGAUUCCGUGUGCAUGGAUAUGGACGAACGCUGUGGGCUGUGGGCCAGCCAAGGCGAAUGUCAAAACAACCCCCAAUGGAUGCUGCCCAACUGUGAACAGAGCUGUGGCCAGUGCACGCAGAGCAAUGUCGCCUGCAUGGAUCUCAACGAGAACUGUGACAUGUUGGCAUUGAACGGCGACUGCGAGAUCAACAGCGAGUACAUGACGGAGUACUGUCAAUUGAGCUGCGGGUUGUGCCAGGGGGGCCCCGGUAGCGGCGUGGACACGACCAAACUACACCACACCUGUCUGCUCCUGGAGGCUGUCCUGCUCUUCGCCGUUUUGCUUAAGCAGUAGUCCGUGGCGGUACCAACCUUCCUGACUGAAUUCGGUGUGACGUAAUUGCCCGAUUUUGUUCUCACACAUGUUCUUAUAAUAAUUGCUGCCAUGACCAGUGAUGACUGCAAUCUUAAAAGUGUUAUUUUUCACAGUCAUGUAUAUCUUUCAAUACACGAACAAAUAAGAGGGACCCAGAACUAAUACGCCGAGCUAUAAUACACAACCUGUGAGCUACAUUAUUAUUGUAAUUCAAGCUUUUGAAGAUUGACAAGGUAGACAUUUAUGCAGUAUUUUAUGGGAAGAUGUAGUACUCGACAAAUGGAAUGCUAAAAUAUGAAGGCAGAUUUACAGUCUUUCACAAUCAAAUAAAAAUCCUGUCACUUGGAUGCACUUGCCUGGCAGCCACAAGGCAAAAUAUGGGUCUUUAUUUAAUUUAAGACACUCACCAUAAUGAACACGACAUGUAGUACUGCAGGGAACAUUGUAUUAGAAAGUGGUUCAUCUUUUCUCCAAGUCCUAUCAGCUGUUUUUAGAUUACAAAUCCCGCCCUCUGCAGUAUGGCGGCCCUCCUGAAAACUGCUUCGAGUUUUAUUUUUAUAUUAUAUUUAUUGUCUCUCAAAAUUGGCAUAGUUACUAUUUUGAUGUUUCAUAGCUCUCAGUCUUUUAUGAGUACUAAAUUUAUUUAAUUCAAUUAUAACUGUAAAUUUAAAUCUCAUAAAAGUGUAUUUUUUAGAUGUAAAAGAUGAUAUUUGUCAGAUUGGACAGCCUGUUUUCAAAAAUACCGUAUUAAAAUUACACAUAAAAUUGUGAAACGUCCUGAAAAACAUGUACAGUAUUGCUCUGUCCCACGAGUGAAAUGC